CAAAUUUAUCAAACAGACGAGUCAAAGGAACAUAGAACCCUCUUUCGUCAAAUUCGAUUAUGAAGAGGGAUCAAAAAGUUUUAAACUCAAGUAGCCGUGUUAUGUUUCCAAACAGGCUGACAUGAACAAACAGGCUGUUGUAUUUUAUGCCUAUAAUUUUGGUGUUAAAAGAACCCUUUUAGAUGCCAACCUUGCAAGUGAGAGGUGAUGAGUCUCUGGAGAUAUCUGCUGGUGAUAUCAUUCUGCAUGGUUAGAUCCAAGACGGGGGCUGUUGAAAGCGUGUACGAAGGCUGUUAUGGUAUUGAUCUUCUUAUCUCCAAAGUGCCAAUAUACACGCCAAGCCAGUCGUGUUGGGAGCAGUGUCGGAAGAAAGGCACACAGCAAGUGCUUGUAUACGGAGUGCGAUGGUGUGGCUGCCACUCUAAUGGUAUGAUGGGACCAGGUUCUGUCGAUUGUGAACUUGGAUGUACCUUUUUACCUAACACAGACUGUGUCUGUUUCCACGGGCAUAGCCAUGACUAUGACAGAUCUGUUCAACUCUUGGUUCAUAAACAUAUCGCCAAGCUGCCUCCAACAAAAGCCUACAGAGGAUACAACUGUAUAAAUAUGCCAGCGCAUGAACAGACUGAUAUCGACCCCGUCCCAGCCCAAGAAAGAGCCCACAAAUGUGUGACAGGCAAAUGUCGACAUGAAAACAGACAGUAUGGAGCCUAUAUGAUGGGGUAUAAAUGUGGCUGUAAAAAGUCUCUUGAUCCUUUGGACGAUGGAUUUCUGCCAGUCACUAAAGAUUGUAUGGACAGAAUGGUAUGUAUGGAGCUACCAGAGUCAGUUUGCCUGUGUGGAAACACGAAGUUGGAUUCUGUAUCAUCCUCAGCAUCAGGAGAGUACCGACCAUUGUUAGUUUCAGACAGAUUCCAGUGUUACCUAAUGAAGGAGGGGGAAGAAGAAGCAGAAGUGAAAAGAAUUGUGGAGUAUGAGAUUAUCCGCAAAAACAGAGCGAAACCAUCGGAGUGUCUGGACAUUUGCAUUAAAGAGGAGUACAGAUUUGCCGGAGUUAGCAGAGGAGGAGUGUGUGCCUGUCAGAACCACAUAGGCCAUAAGAAACUGUCGGAUGACGACUGUUUCUCCCCUUGCCUAUCUGGGCGCAUUGGCUGCGGUGGGCCUUAUGCCGCAUCAGUCUACUCAUUUAAAGGUCACAUAGAACUUAACGAAUGUAGAGGAAACACGCAUGAUUGCGACCAUGUGUCGACUAACUGUGUGAACACGGCUAACAGCUACAGGUGUGAGUGCCGUGUGGGCUUCAGGCACCAGAACAGAACGCAUUGUCUGGAUGUGGAUGAGUGUCGACAGAACAACCACGAAUGUGACUAUCGCUCCACCUACUGUGUUAAUACAAUCGGAGGGUUUCUUUGUGAAUGUAAUGCAGGCUAUGAGAGAUUUGACAGAACUCAUUGCGAAGACAUUGAUGAAUGUAGCAACCACCAGAAUGAUUGUGGAGAAUACACGAAGUGUAUUAAUACCAUUGGAAGCUUUAGAUGCGACUGUGUGCCAGGAUUUAACAUGAUCAGAGGAGACUGCAAAGAUGUGGACGAGUGUGCUGAUAACAUGAACGAUUGUGAGCGUACGUCAACCUUCUGCAAGAACACUAUCGGGGGGUUUGUGUGCGAGUGUAGAGUGGGCUACCAACCACUGGACAGGAUACGCUGUAAAGAUAUCGAUGAAUGUUACAGUGACACCUCCGAGGUUAACUGUGGAAUCAGGCAGAGAUGCAGGAACAGUAUAGGCAGCUAUAUAUGUGUGUGUGUUCCUGGAUAUCAACGGGCUGGUGACCGCUGCCGAGAUAUUGAUGAGUGUUUACUGCACACGGAUGACUGUGACCAUGUCUCGUCGGAGUGUGUUAAUACAGCGGGAAGUUUCCAUUGUGUCUGUAAGACAGGCUACCAGAGGCUUGACCGUACAAGAUGUGUCGAUAUCGAUGAAUGUCAGAUUCACCGGGAUAUGUGUGUACGAUGUACCAAUACGAUGGGAAGUUAUAUGUGCGACUGUCAUCCAGGAUAUCAGUUGUCCACACAGGGCUGCAUUGACAUCGACGAAUGUCACCAAAAUGACCACGCCUGUUCUGUUAACAGUGAUUGUCAAAACAACGAAGGCAGCUACAUCUGUAACUGUAAACCAGGCUACACCAAUGCGGAGGGCAGUGAAACCAAAUGUGUUGAUGUUGACGAGUGCUUGCACUCGUCGAUGAACGGCUGUCAUGACACUCACAGCAGCUGUGAGAACACAGAUGGCUCUUACAACUGCCCAUGUGACCAUGGCUUCAUGGGGGAUGGGAGAAGCAAAUGCACAGAUAUUGACGAGUGCCACGAUGGGCAUGUGGAUUGUGCUGAGCACGCUAAGUGUACCAACCUUAUAGGCUCUUACACCUGUGACUGUAAACCUGGGUAUUCUGGUAAUGGCAAGAUUUGCGGAGAGGUAAUAACGCUGGAGGAUUUAGAGACCUUGUUGGAUGACAAGCCAAAUGAACUUGAUACAGAGCCAAACGCUGAUUUGCCAGCUGUGAAUGAGAUGAGUUAUUCCAAGCCAACGUUUCAGCAAGCCAAACCUGACCGCACCGAGCUUGAACUACUCUUUGGUGAUAUCAAAGAACCACCCAGUGAAAAUGAUGAGACAAACAGUUACGCGGACGUGUCAGCUGUAGAUGACGGUAUGACCUUGGAGGACAUGUUAAGGAGCCUGGAAACAUCUCUGCCUAAGGUUAGCCAUUCUGAGACUGACGCAGAGGACGAUACCUCAGACCAGAAUCAGGACCAGAUACUGGAUGAGAUUGUAGACCACCAGGAAGCCUUAGUAGGAGUGACAAAGUUUAAAAAUAUAGCCACGGAACAGCCACGCGCAUCAGGACAUAUUGGAAUACAUACUGACCAAUCGUCAAGCGAUAUUGUCCAGCACAUAGACGAUGUACCGAGUCGGUCUCUUCCUGAAGACUUGUUAUCAAAACAUCAAGAUCAGAGUGACGUUGAUGAUAUCCAGGUUGAACCCACUGACAUGGACCCAGAUUCUGGACAGCAUCAUCAUCCAUGAGAAGGGAAUCGCCGGAGGGAAAUCCCCAAAACUGUGGCUGAAUCACCUGGAUCCUGAGGAGACUAAGGACUUUGAAGGCCCAGCACAAGACAGCCCUCUGACAGCUAUGGCUGACACGCCGGUUCCAAUGUUGCCCGAGAAAGUGCCUGUUAGUUCAACGGAUGCAACGGAGGACUACUUUGAGGGGCCAGCCAAUGGUCUUUUUGAUAUCACUGCAGAGAUAAAUGCCGCGGAGCCAGACGAACCAUGGAUCGAUGAAGAUCCGUAUGCUAUUGACGAGUUUAGCCAGGUUGAUAGAGAUUAUGAUGACACGGAUGGAAUGGGGUACGUUUACCACUACGACACUGAGGACUAAGGAAGACCCAACGAAUAUUGGAAAUAAAAAUCGGUUAGAUGUAACAGAUGGCUGGUCAGUGAGUUAUCAAUAGUCAGUACAAAUGACACCAAUAAGAUUGUGGUACCACAAAUGGCGCUAACAUCACUACCACCACCAGCAAAUUUUGUACUAAAAAGCUUUAACAACGCAUAAAUCACCAGGGUAAUAAUGAUGAUGAGGCGGGAAGUGGUGAAAAUAAAAAGCGAAAAGUUUGUCUCAAUCUAUAUGAUACGUAUCCCUCUAUCUACAAAUCCAUAACAUGAUUCCAAGGAAAAACUUAAGCAGUUGUAAAAAAUGAAUACUGAUUUUAGGUCAGCGCUAUGACAGUAGUCAUGGGACUAAGCCUACGAGUGGUCCAAAGGUCGAACUCAUCAAGUCGCGACAGUGAUGCAAAGGGAGCGUAGCACGGUGUUACGGUCUGUGGCAAUAGUGAUACCCUGUACACAAGAGGUAGAUGCCGCUGCCCAUGGUGCUGACGAAAACUUGUUAUGAUCCAUGUUAUAAUAAGAGAUCGAUGACGUCGUCUAGGGUGCUGACGAAGACUUGUUCGCGGAUCCACAAGGGACCAGUGCUGCCGUCUAUGACGCUAAUAAUAUGGCCUAUUUACCAAUACACAAAGACCGGUGUAGCCAUCAGUGGCAUUGGUGAGAACUUGAUUGGCUUUAAUCCUGAUGCUGUAUCAUAUAAUGAAGGCUGUACUUUGAUGGGA